AUGAAGCAUCAAAAUGUGGAUGCUACGAUUGCGGAGAUCCGGACAAAGUUCUGGGUCACAAAGAUGAGGCGUGUGAUGCGGAGAGUCAUCUCAUCGUGCAACGAGUGCAAGUUGCAGCGAGCGCGGCCGAUGCCGCCGAUAAUGGGACCCCAUCCGGAAGACAGACUGGAUGCGGGUGGAUGGCCAUUCAAAUACACAGGACUGGACUACUUUGGGGCACUGCUGGUGACUGUGUCCCGUCACAAGGAGAAGCGUUGGGUCGCCUUGUUUACGUGUUUGACGACAAGGGCGAUUCACCUGGAGCUGGCGCAUGACCUGUCGACGGAUUCCUGCAUAAUUGCGAUCAGGAACUUCGUCUGCCGUAGAGGGCCAGUAUAUAGACUGCGCAGCGAUAACGGCAAGAACUUCGUGGGAGCUGAGAGGGAAGCCAGGCGCUUUGGUGACGUAUUCGAGAUGGAGAAGCUUCAGAGUGAGUUGUCCAGCAGAAGCAUUGAAUGGGUUUUUAAUUGUCCAGCGAACCCGUCUGAGGGCGGAGUUUGGGAGCGCAUGGUGCAGUGCGUCAAGAGAGUACUGCGUCAUACCCUGAAGGAAGUUGCGCCGAGGGACCAUGUAUUGGAGAGUUUCCUGAUUGAGGCGGAGAAUAUUGUAAACUCGCGUCCGCUCACCCACUUGCCUGUGGAUGCGGACCAGGAGGCGCCGUUGACGCCAAACGAUUUACUCAAGGGAGUAGCCAAUCUGCCGGAUACGCCUGGAUUGGAUGCGGAUCUGCGCAAGGAGCGUUAUACGAGGAAGCAGUGGAGGAUUGCUCGCCUGCUACGAGACCGUUUCUGGAGGACGUGGGUCAUGGAGUACCUGCCUACGCUUGUGCGCCGCGAGAAGUGGUGCCGCCGAACGGAGCCCAUCCACCAGGGUGAUAUGGUCUUCGUCUGCGAUCCUGCCUUGGCCCGACGAGAGUGGCGCAAGGGCAUCGUGGAGGAGAUCUACAGCGGAGCUGAUGGAGUCGUCAGACGCGCUAAGGUGCGCGUGAACGACAACGGCCUAUCUAAGACAAUGAUGCGACCCGUCUCUAAACUUGCAGUUUUGGAUUUGAGUGAAGCGGCUGCGGAAGCUGCUUCUCACCAUGCGCUGGGUGGCCGACAGCUCUGCCAUCAUGGCUGCUUGCCCAGCACGGGCGGCAGCAGUAGCGGCAGUGGCAGUGGUGGCAACAAUUUUAACGGCAGUGAAAACGGCGGAGGCAGCAGUGUGGUCGGCAGCAGUGUGGUCGGCAGAAGUGUGGUCGGCAGCAGUGUGGUCGGCAGUAGUGUGGUCGGCAGCAGGGGCAGCAGUGGGAUCAGCAGCGGGGGCAGCAGCUGGCAGGUCAGCAGCGGGGGCACCAGCUGGCAGGUCAGCAGCGGGGGCAGCAGCUGGCAGGUCAGGGGCAGCAUCAAUGGCAGCGUUUGA